AUGACUUUCAUUGCAGGAGAUGUUGCAAACUAUUCAAAUGAACUGUGGGUUCAUAUUGACCCCUUCUCAGCAAUGAAUGGAAUUUCGCGCUUUCAAGAAAGUGGUGGACCAUGGAGAUAUUCUAAAGAAGAGGAGAUACAUGUGGAUGAAUUUCAAAAGAGAAAUUUCACUUAUCUUCUGAACAAAAUGGAGAAUAAGUCCAAGGAUAACUUGAAGAAGACUUUGGAAAAGUCGAUAUAUGGUUCAAUACUCUCUUGGAGAAAAAGAGUUUCGUCUUCGUCUUCGUCUUCCUCAUCCUCUUCCUCUUCUCUUCCUCUUGCAAUUCAUACAUCUAACUGA